GUUGGGAGUCAUUGGUCGAGGCUGGCCCUUGCCAUCCUGAAGCUGGGGCCUUAUGCGCCCACUUCUCCCGAAUGGCAUUGCUCACAGGCUGUUGAUAGCCUGGCGUAUCACAUAGCGACUGACUUGGAGAGCAUAGUGGAAAAGUAUCUUGGAUUCGAACAAUAUAUGCGAUACUGGACCCUACGAGUGACAUGCACCGCCUCAAAGAAAAACAAGCUUUCUACACCGGGCUCGACAAAGCUCUAGCAGACAGCGAUGAGGAACCAGAUCCCGGACGUACUGCAUCUGUCCAGGCACUUCGCAGGGCAUCGGAAAGGAAGGCAGCGGCAGCCAAACCAACAAUGGCUGCAAACAGUCUCCCCCGCUCGGCCUCUGACACUAACCUGAGCAGGCGUGGGCCUGCAAGCUCGGCUGAUCAGGUCCAGCAGCCCAGGCCGGUUACCAGCAGUGGCAGACUGCCUCCGCCAGCCCUGACGAAGGGCGCAACAAUGAUAUGUGCAACGAGCAGCACUGCCUCUACCAAGCCAUCAUUUCCCACCGCCGUACCUAAGGUCACUGGAAAAAGGAAGCGCGACGGUAAGGUUGCAUGUGUACCGGAUGGGCAGCAGGUCUUCAAGGGAUUGCGCUUCUUCUUCUUCCCUAACGACGACAGGAAUAUCGCACGGGCAUUGCGGAUUAUGAAAGCUCUUGAAUAUGGUGCGUCUUGGUAUACGGACUGGAAUGACAGCGUGACGCAUCUUAUUGUCGACAAGCAGUAUGAAUAUAACACAGUCCUCAAGUUCAUGAAGAUGGACCGCAUACCGUCAGGUGUCAUCGUUGUCCGCGAGAACUACCCGGCAGAGUGCAUUACGUUCCGCACGAUGAUCGAACCAAAGCAGCCUCGCUUCACCGUGAAUGGGUACGGUACCGCCCAAAUCCUAGAACCAAUUACGAUAGCCACUCAGUCCGCGUCUGCAGAGUCGAUUACAUCGCUCUCGCUCAAGCCUGCCGGAAAGUCUGUGAUGGCUCGCCAGCCGGAGACCCCGAAGAACUACGACAGUGACGGCUCGCCUACGAAGAUUGCAUCCUCGAACGCGCAGACUGAUAUGCCUCAACUUCAACGAGCGUCUUCUGACACGACGAAGACUGUCGCCUCAACAGCGGAGUUCGAUGCCGCGAUACGGCAGGCUAGGAAGCUGCAGUAUAUACCAUUAGAGGGCGACGAUGAUGCUGAAGACAGACCGAUCAGUGCCGAAGGGCCAGCAACCGAUGAUGAAGAUGAACCUCAAGCUUCUCCAAAGCAAAGGGAGGCGAAGCAUCUAGCCUAUCAAAACAAGUUCCAAUGCAUGCAGAAGAACACCGAGGGCAAGACAAGCUGCCCUAACGCAGCCACAAUUAAUAUACUGCAACAGAUGGCGGACUAUUAUGGCCAAAUGGGCGAUGAGUGGCGGAUACGUGCUUACCGGAAGGCCAUCACGACGUUGCGUAAACACCCGACCAAGAUAUGGACCAGAAAGCAAGCCCUCGCGCUUCCUCAAAUCGGCGAAAGGCUAGCUACGAAGAUCGAAGAGAUCGCUUUCACCAACCGUCUCCGGCGUCUGGACAACGCUCGCGACGAACCUACCGACCAUGUAUUGCAGGCAUUCAUGGGCAUUUACGGUGCAGGCUUCGCCAAAGCAAGCGAAUGGGUUAGCCAGGGCUACAAGACUCUCGAUGAGGUCCUUGCGAAAGCCCGGUUGUCGAGCAACCAACGCAUCGGUAUCGAGCAUUACGCCGACUUCAAUGCGCGAAUCCCAAGAGCUGAAGUUGAACAGCACGGCGGCGUCGUUCGCAAAGCCCUGCAGAAGCUUGAUCCGCUCUUCGAGGUCAUCAUUGGUGGCUCUUACCGUCGUGGUGCAGCAACUUCUGGGGACAUUGACUGCAUCAUCACCCAUCCGAACGCCGACUCCGCCUACCUGCGCAUGAUUGUGCUCGAGCAGGUAGUGCCCGAGCUUACCUUGUCUGGCUUCGUAGUCGCUGCUCUAGCGGCUACGCACAAGGACGACGGAAGCAAGUGGCAUGGUGCCUCCAAGCUCGCAAACUCCGCUGUCUGGCGCCGUAUAGACUUACUACUCGUUCCAUCGGACGAGAUAGGCGCAGCUUUGAUCUACUUCACAGGCGACGACAUAUUUAACCGCUCGAUAAGAUUGCUAGCCAGUACGAAGGGCAUGCGCUUGAAUCAGCGUGGCUUGUACAAGGAUGUUAUGCGAGGAAAUGGGAGGAUGAAAAUAAGCAAAGGGACGCUCUUGGAAGGGAAGGACGAGCGGAAGAUCUUCCAGAUCUUAGGUGUGCCGUAUAGGCCUCCAAUAGACAGGAUUUGCUAGCCUCUGAAACAGGUACCUCAUCAUCACUUAACGCAGCUUUUCACCGUCGCCUCACGCCGGCGCUAUGCUCGUCCGUUGCCGCCCGCAUCCCGAAACGCCUGUAAACCACGUGAACUGUCAUUAGAACGCAGUAGCCUUACGCCGGAGUCUGUCAUCUCGUAAAGUACCAUGCGCAUCGCCGGUAGAUGCUGCCCGAAGGCAUUCGUAUCAAUCAAUCAGUCACGUGCGGUUACGCUCGCUUUUCAACCGUAACGCCUCGACUUCCGAUGUACACUCCUCUCGUCUCAUUCCAUCACUGCAUCAGGACGACAUGGUAACAUUGGUAGGAGCAGCCGUACCAGUCGUUCCACUUGCCGUUGGCAGUGAGCCUGGACCCGCAGAGGCAGCAGCAGCAGUGGUUGUGCUUGUAGAACUGGCCUCCUUAACCUGGAUCUUCGGUAGCACACCUUGGUUCACCCACAGAUCAAUGAGUGGCUGCAUCGGCUCGGCAU